UCUUUUGCACUAAAGUCUCUCUGGAAGGGACGUGGCCCUGAGGACUCCGGCGGCGCCAAACCGUUAUCCUCCCCCCCCCAGCCCCCAGCCAAGGAAGACGAAGAGGCAGGACCGUUAGCAAAAAAAAGAGGCGAGAUUUCGACACAGGACCAAAGCUUGGUGCUCGCGAGGAGAAGGGGGGGGAGCGAUUUUGCAGGGGGAAGUCGGUGCGACGGGGAGGAGGCAGAUUUGCAACAGGAUUUUUUUUCUUUUUAAAAAUUAAAGCAAGACACAGAAAGAGUUAAUUUUAAAAAAUAAAUAACAACAAAUCCGGCGUGGGGGAGGGCAGAUUUUGCAGAAGGUUGGGGCCAAGAUCGGCUUUUCCUGAGAAACUAGCCCAGGCGAGAGGAGAGCGAAAAGGGCUGAGCUAAUUGCAGCCUAACGUGGCGGCGGAGCCGGAGGCGUUUUUUCAGAGCCCAGAGCGAGAAGCCGCUGCUGCCGCCGUCUCCCUUUCGCGGUUUCCUUUCUCUCUCUCUCCCCCUUCUUUUUUCCCUCCCUUUCCCCCCUCCUCUCCCCGCGUUAUUUAGAGAGGAGAUUAUUGCCUUUCUUCUCCCGAGCAGCCUCGGCUCCUCUGUUUUAAGGCUCUUCUCUCCCUGAUCCCCCUCCUCCUCCGCCACCCCGCUUUCCUCCCCUCCCCGCGCAGACGAGGCAAAACAAACAGAAAAGAAGAAAAGAGAGAGAGAGAGAAGAAGCCUGGGCAAAUAGAUCUACAAUAAUAUUGCAUCGCAUCAGCGGCGGCAGCAGGGUCGGAGGCAGCUCAGCCAGAGGAACCUACAAAGGCGCCCCGAGCUCCCUCCGCCUCGCUAAGUGAGCGGCGCGCAGCGCGGAGGACGGGGGGCUUGGCCCAGCUCGUCGGCGUUUCUUCUUCGCCGCCUGCGCUCAAGGAGGAAGGCAGAGCGAUGUCCCGGCUGUCUUUAACACGGUCUCCGGUUUCUCCAUUGGCUUCCCAAGGAAUCCCUCUCCCAGCACAGCUCACCAAAUCCAACGCCCCCGUGCACAUUGAUGUAGGAGGACACAUGUACACCAGUAGCCUGGCCACCUUGACAAAGUACCCAGAUUCCAGAAUAAGCCGGCUGUUUAAUGGCACAGAACCUAUUGUGUUGGACAGUUUAAAACAACAUUAUUUCAUUGAUCGAGAUGGUGAAAUUUUCAGAUACAUCUUAAGCUUCUUAAGAACGUCGAAACUGCUGCUCCCAGAAGACUUUAAGGAUUUUAAUCUUUUAUACGAAGAGGCCAGGUACUACCAGCUGCAGCCGAUGAUCAAGGAGCUGGAGCGAUGGAAGCAGGAGAAGGAACAAAGGAAGCACUUCCAGCCCUGUGACUGCUUGGUUGUAAGGGUGACUCCGGAUCUCGGGGAAAGGAUUGCACUGAGCGGAGAGAAGGCCUUGAUCGAGGAGAUCUUCCCGGAGACAGGGGACGUCAUGUGCAACUCAGUCAAUGCAGGCUGGAACCAAGACCCCACCCACGUCAUUAGGUUUCCUUUGAACGGAUACUGUCGGUUGAAUUCUGUGCAGGUGCUUGAACGGUUGUUCCAGAAGGGCUUCAACGUGGCAGCGUCCUGCGGAGGAGGCGUGGAUUCCUCUCAGUUCAGCGAAUAUGUACUAUGUCGCGAGGACAGGAGACUGCAGGCCAACACCACAAUCAGGAUAAAGCAAGAGCCCCUGGACUAAAGACACCCCCUUCCCCCCUUCCUUUGUGAACGUAGAAGUGUUUUUAAUAGUCUCGUGUGGAAACACUAAGGAUUUGCAAGACAGUAUUAACCUGGGCGACGCUGCCCGAGUGGUAUCUCUCUGAAACUACCUGUCACCAUUGCCAGCCAUGAACUCUUUAUCUGGAAGCAAAAAGACAGCAUACAAAAUAAUAAUGAUGAUGAUGAUAAUAUUAAUAAUAAUUUCAUUUGUUUUAUUAGUCAACUGCUGGGCUGCCCAGCAUCGUGAGGUUUUGUGGGAUUGUCCUCUCGGCAGGAAAGCGUGCGGAAUGAAGACAAAGCUUCAGUGAAGAACUGGCCUUUGAUUGGACUUUGGUAGAAGGACCAAUUUAACGCAAUUUGAAUAUGCCCAUUGAAGGAGUGCACCAUCUGAUAUUCUGGGGGACCUUCUCCUCCUCCUCCUCCUCCCUUGGUGGGAUCAAGGACAUGGGAGCUGCCCAGAGGGAGACGGUAUCGUGCCAAGUGUCUUCCCUGCCCCCCUGCCCCCGAUGAAUGCCAUGUCCUAUCCUGUCUGACAGGCUUUUGCAUCUCCAUUUGCCCACCCACCCCCCACCCCCGUUACCCUUCUGUGAUUGCCUUUGCGCAUUGUAUCAAAUGGCUUAUUUUUCUACGACGCUUCCAGUUGUCUGUGUACAGAAGCCACCCCAAACGGGGACCGAUUUGUAUUCUUCUGGUGCUGAAUGAACUCUUGGCAAAUUCUUUUCAGUCCCGCACAACCCACCUUUGAGAUAAAUGCAGUGGUUUGACGUUUGCUGCCUUGUCUGCCCACAACUGACGAGAUUGAAUUGCAGCAAAACAUUUGCAAAGAAAAAUCGGAAAUGGAGACUCAAAGCAAGUUCCUAAAUAAGAUUGUUCAGCAUUAAACAGGCACUGCCAUGGAACUUGAGUUAAGGUUGUGGCGUUCUUUCAUUCAUCUCAGAUUUUAAGUUUGGGGGGUCAUCCAAAAAGUGGAAAUGGCCCAUGCAGCUGCUACGACUUUUCUUUCCUCAUUUUAAAACCCAAUUUUAUUGUUGCUCUGAGAAUAUAUAGGACACAAGCAGAACACCUUUUCUGCCUGAUUGAAUCAGACCAUUGUCUCAUGAGCUCAUUUCUCUGUGUGAUGCAUUGCAGCAGUCUUCACCAAUCUGGUACCCUUCAGAUGCCAGCCAUCCAGCAAUGUUGAUGGGAGUUGUUACCCAAAGGAUGGGGAACCUAGUAACCUCCAAAUGUCAUUGGACUUCAACUCCCAGCAUCCCUGAUGUUGGCUGUACUGGCUGGGGCUCAUGGGGUUGGAGUCCAAAAACAGUUGGCAAGGGAGCACAGCUUUUCUGUUCCUGCAUUAUAAUAAAUGUUUUAAAAACUAAUGUUAUUAAUGUUGUUUGGGACUCAAGGUUCAGAAGAUGUGAGCUUUCCAUCACUCAGCAGAAAUUGCAUCUCAGCAUUGCAGAUCUGAUGACAGAAGCAUGACAAAUGAAUGUGCAAUCAGCAUGUGGGUGAGGAAAGCAGAAUCACACCCAUUGGCCCCACCCCUGACUUCCACUCACUGAUUGUGGCUCAUGAGGACUCUAUAUCUUGCAUAGGCUUAUUUUAAAAGACAGCAGGCAGAUCCCACAGCUGUGAUCCUAUUGAUCGUAUCCUGAUUGCACAGGGCUCUUAUCAUGGCGGGAUUGGCGCUGCAGAUUAACUAAAAAAAGUAAUUGGAAUUGCAACACCCAUGGAAACCUUACAGGAACUCCAGUGUCAGCAGGGCAACAGGAGGGUGGCUGGGUCCAAUGCCCUCCCAGUCCCACAAGGUUGUAGA